AAAGUGUCCGGAGAAAGCUGAAGCCCAGGGAUUGAGGCAGGAGGGAAAGGCACAAUUCCUCAGAGGACAAGACUCUCCUCCCGUUAACCAUUACCCAACUGCUUCCAAGCUUGCGUCUUGGAGGAGGCGGGACGUGGAGGGGUAGGUGGGAGGAUCAGCUGGUUUCCAUGGACCUUGUCCCUACACUGAGCACUGGGUCGCUGAUUCAACCAUGGAGGCAGCUGCAGCAGAUCCUCUGGACACCGCCUCCUUGACCCUGUAAGUGCCGUGUGCGAAGGGCUGGGCAAAGAAAGGAGGGAAUUGAAGGUGGAGAAGCUCUUCAGUUGCCAUUAAUGCCUCAACGUGAGCCUGGGACCCAUGUCCAGAUACCAGCUUUCUCCUAUCUGUGUCCCUUGCCUCCUUGCAGGAAGUUUGAGUUUAACCCAAAGCUGGGCAUUGAUAAUCCUGUUCUUUCCUUGGCUGAAGACCUCGACCCCUCUGAUCUCUGGAGCCUAGAACGGCCUCGCUUCUGUCUGCUGAGCAAAGAGGAGGGCAGGAGUUUUGGCUUCCACCUGCAGCAGGAGCGGGGCACGGUUGGGCAUGUGGUGUGCAGGGUGGAGCCAGGCACUUCUGCCCAGCGCCAGGGUCUUCGGGAAGGAGAUCGUAUCCUGGGGGUGAACAACCAUGUUGUGGAACACGAAGACUAUUUGGUGGUAAUACGCCGCAUCCGGGCCAGCAGUCCGCGGGUGUUGCUAACGGUUUUGGCCCGGCACAUGCACGACGUGGCCCGAGCUCAGCGGGGGAACAACGACCACCUCUGUCCUACUCUCAGCCCGGGUGUCCGGCCCCGGCUGUGCCACAUAGUGAAAGAUGAGGGUGGCUUUGGCUUCAGUAUCACCCAAGGACGUCGGGGUCCUUUCUGGUUGGUGCUGAGUACUGGAGGGGCAGCGGAGCGGGCAGGGGUGCCCCCUGGGGCCCGACUGCUAGAAGUGAAUGGGGUCAGCGUGGAGAAGUUCACACAUAACCAACUCAACAGGAAGCUUUUUCAGAGUGGCAAGGAGGUGACCCUGCUGGUGGCAGGGCCAGAGGUGGAGGAACAGUGUCGCCAGCUGGGAAUGCCCCUGGCUGCACCCCUGGCAGAGGGCUGGGCACUGCCCAACAGACCCCGCUGUCUGCAUCUAGAGAAAGGGCCCAAGGGCUUCGGGUUCGUUCUCCGGGAGGAGAAGGGUCUUGAUGGUCGCCUCGGUCAGUUCCUGUGGGAGGUGGACCCAGGACUGCCAGCAGAGAAGGCCGGGAUGCAGGCUGGGGACCGGCUGGUGGCUGUGGCUGGGGAGAGCGUUGAGGGGCUGGGCCACGAGGAGACAGUGUCCAAGAUCCGGGCGCAAGGCUCCUGUGUCUCGCUUGUUGUGGUGGACCCCAAGGCUGACCGCUUCUUCAGCAUGGUUCGCUUGUCCCCACUCCUCUUCUUGGAGAGCACAGAGGCUCCUGACUCUCCCCAGGUCACCCUCUCAGCCUCUCUGACUGAGACCGAGGACCCACCAGUUGAAGAUACAAUGGUAGCCCCUGUCCCUUGCUGCUUCCGCCAGUGCUUCCUGUACCCUGGGCCUGGCGGUGGCUAUGGCUUCCGACUGAGCUGCGUGGCCAGUGUGCCUCAUCUCUUCAUCUCUCAGGUGACCCUAGGAGGCUCGGCUGCCCAGGCAGGGCUGCAGUUGGGAGAUGUGAUUCUGGAGGUGAAUGGGUACCCCGUGGGUGGAGAGAAUGACCUGGAAACGCUUCAGCAGCUGGCUGAGGCCAAGCCACCCCUACACCUGAAGCUAGCAGCCAGGCCUCACCAGAGCUUGGAAGCCUGGAUUCCACCAAGGUCAGGAGAGGACUGGGCCCUAGACUCAGAUGUGCUAUAGCACCCCCGUGCCUGGCACAGAUUUGCCCAAGCUUUCCUGACUUCACUCUCUGGCCUGAGGUGGUAGGAGCUGAGAUGCUGUCUAUAAACCAGAAGUGGCAGCUCUAGGACUCUGGAAUCUUCCAGUCGCAGGAAGCCCAGGGUCUACCUCCCUUCCUAUGAGGGCCCACCCUCCCAGAAGAGGGUGUGGUUAGAGGUUGCAGGUGGGCCCAAUAGGGAGUCUCCUCUCUGAUUCCAGAGGGAGUCAUCUGGGAGCCUUGGGAACUGUUCUUCAAGGAGGAAGCUCUGUCUGAGAUGAGAGCUGUGAUUUUAUGAUUUGUAACAGGAAAUAUGUAUUUGGUCUUCAUACCCUUUCUUGGCACAGAGGUCCUAAAAUCCUUGGAAUUUCCUAAGUAAUAAAAGUGAUAAAGGUA